GCUCGUAGCCAAGCGUUUUUAUCUACAAAACAAAACAGAAAAAGAGAAAAAUAAAAAAUAAAAAAGAAGAAGAAAAAGAGGAGAGUAGAAGAAAACAUAACAGCACAAGCAAUAAUUACCUGUUUAGGAUCGCGCGGUUAUGAGAUUAGGGUUUGCAUUUGUGAGAGAAGAAGAUGUGGCACGAAGCGAGAAGAUCGGAGAGAAAGGUACACGACAUGAUGGACGCGGCUCGUAAGAGAGCGCAGAGACGAGCUGUGUAUUUGGCUAAGAGAAGAGGCGAUCCUCAGCAAUCUAUUCAGGUCAUUGGCUCUAGAUGCCGUACCUACCGUGACGAUGGUCUCUACCAAGCCACAGAGGAUCAGCAAGGCCUGAUUCCCUGGAAUGGAAAACAGGAUGUUCUAAUUGACAGAUUCGAUGGUCGUGCCUUGCUUGAUUUUAUUCGAGAGGCUGGGUCUAGACGGUUUAGGGCACCUGAAAAAUCAGAAGAAGAAGAAGAACUAGAAGAGUUUGUUAAUUUUGAGCGAUAUCGGGAUUUAAUUAAGCAUCGACGUAGAGGAUUUACUGAUGAAGAAGGUUUGCAACAUGUAACUCAAGAAAUGGAAGCCAAGACCACUAUUCCGUUUGCUUCAGAUAGUACAUCUCAGCUGGCACAAGCUCCUUCCAGCAAGGGUUCAUAUUCACAAGUGGGGUUUUCUUAUGAUGGUGAUGGAAAAGAGGAAUCUCAAUUUUCUGAUGUUGAUGACAAUGAAGAAGACGAUGAAGAUGAGGAUGAUGAGGAUUUUAACAGUGAUGAUAGCAAUGAUGAGGGAAUGGACACAAUAGCAAAAGAUUUUGGAGUAAAAAGGUAUGGGUGGCUUGUUUAUAUGGAUAAAAAGGCGAAAGAGGAAGAGAAGAGGCAAAAGGAAAUGAUCAAAGGAGAUCCUGCAAUCAGGAAGCUGAGUCGCAAGGAAAGGAGGAAAGCUUCUCAGAUAGAACGGGAAAGAGAGAGAGAAGCUGCUCGAAUAACAGGAACUCGAGUGCUCCAUCAUGAUCCAUAUCGGGAACCCAGAAGAAGUCCAACUUAUGAAGCUUAUUCUCGUUCUAGGAGGUCUAGAUCAAGAUCGCGUUCAUACUCACCACAUUCAAGACGAUAUGGUCGUGGAGGGCGUUCUGAUGAAGUUCAUCAUAGCAAGCCAAGGACUCCUAAAAUAGAGUACAUCACUGAAUUUGGAGGCUCUGGUGACAGGGAUGAGCCGAAGCUUGAAGGAUAUUCUCCACCAUCAUCUCCUCCAUCUCAAGCUGAUAUGUUGAGCCGGCCAUCUUCUGGUCACAUACUUGAGGCAUUGCAUAUUGAUCCUGCAUCCGGUGUAUCCCUUGAUAAGGAGAAGAGCACCAAAGCUGUGAAACCAGCAGUAAGCACAUCAUCAGCUUUAGCAAAAUUAACCAAGGCAAGUUCUUCCCGAGGGCUAGGGCCUUUGAAGCAGCAGCCCGGGGCAAAAAAAGAAACUCCUCAAGAGAGACUUAAAAGGAUCAUGAGCAAACAGCUAAACAAACAAAUUAAAAAGGAUACUGCUGCUGAAAUGGCCAAGAAACGAGAACAGGAGCAUCAGAGGCUAGAGAAACUCGCAGAAACAAACAGAUUAAGUCGUUAUAGGCGCCGUAGUCGGAGCAGGAGCUAUAGUCGAUCUCCGCCCAGAAGAUACCGGCGCAGCAGAAGUCCAAGUAGAGGCAGUUCUAGAAGAUACCAUUCUCGUUCACGCUCUCGUUCUCGUUCCCAUUCUCGCACUCGAUCCCACUCUCAUUCACGUUCUCGCUCUUCUUCCCGCUCCCCAAGGCGGGUGAGAAGUCGCUCAAGGCACUCAUAGAUCUGCUGGCAUCAUGAAAUUUUUAUUUAUGUUUUGAAGCGUAAUAUUCUCUGACAGAAGUACUGAUGGCACUUUUAGCAGAAAAGUAUUUAUUGUGAUAUGGAAACUUUAUGAGCUUGCCUCUGUCAUCCUCCAUCUUUGGUUUUGCUUAAUAUCAUUUAUCGUGUAAAUUGUGCAAAAUGCAAUGGAAAAGUUCCAGAUCAUAUUAAGGACAUUGCAUUCUGCAAUUCUAGAAGUUCUAUGCUUGUAAUCACAUUGGUGCACUGAGUUCUGGGAUCAGACAGUCUGCUACUAAAUGAUACGUUAUCAUCUAAUCUGUGACAUGAUCAGUAACUUUUCAUUGUUCUGGGAUACUAACAUUCCUGGGCUGCUGUAAGUUUGAGUAGUGAAUUAGUGGUUGAAGCUUUUGUUA